AUGUUCAUGAAAAAAAAGGGCCAAGCUCAAGAGAAGGUUGACAAACCUAAGAAAGCCCAGAAACCCACGAAAGCAGAGAAAAAGAAAGCAGAGAAAGCAAAGAAAGCUGAGAAAAAGAAAGCUGAAAAAGCUGAGGGAAAAAAAGGGAAAGGGAAACAGAAAGCUACUCCAGCAGAGGAAGAAGCCCAGCCUCUGAAAGAUGUCUCCCUCAGCAAGGCUGACGCUGCAAAACACAAGGCCCAGAUCCUGAAGCUAGCCAAACAAACAAAAACCUCCAUCAAAGACAAGAAUGCUUCUUCUUCCCCAUUGGAGUCGCAGGAGGAUGAGGCUGCCUCAACUUCAUCCAAAGCCCCUAAAGGCCCAUCACGGAUGAUGCUAUUGAAAUCAAAAGGAAAUGACCUCAAAGCCUGUCUGGUUGAAGGAGAACAGGAACAAGCGAAAGAGGAGCAACAAGAUGGUGAAGGAGAAACCAAACAGGGGAGCAGGAAAAACAUUGGCCUGGUCCUGGGCAGAGUCAAGAUGGCAUCUGUUCGACAAAGGAGCAAUAAAAUGCUGGUCAAGCCUGGAGAGGAAGCAACUACAGCCGGGUCUACAGAUGCAGUCUCAGCCAAACCCACGGACAGUCUCGUCACUCGUAGGAAAGGUGUGACGACUCUACGCCAUGUCUCGGGUUGGAUCAGGGGGAAGAUGCCCAAAGGGUUCAACCUGAGGAGUAAACUGAAAGUAGUGACCCAGGCCAUUGGCUUCUCCCAUUGGCUCCCUCUCCAAGCCAUCAAACAGAGGGAGGGAGCCACUAGCUCCAAACACAGCCUGCUUAAACAUCGGAUGGCCAUGCGUGCGGCUAGUAAGACCAGCCUAGCCAGCAAGAAGAACCGAACCUCUGGAAACGGAGCCGAAGAUAAGUCUGCUGUCACCCAGAAGAGGCAAGCGGGGGAGUCUGGUGACGACCCCCACUCCACCUCCCCUCCAGCAGCCAUCGUGCUCCCCAGGAUGAACAAGCUGGGCAUGGGAAAGGCCAAAGGAAUCCUACCAGCACAGCCAUCCCAGACUGCUCAGCAAGCCUCCUCCUCCACCCCAGGCUCCAGCACUGCUGUGGGAGCCACCCUCGAAGCACCCAAGCCCCCCAAACCAGGAGCCAGACUGGUACUCCCGGUCAAACCGGACCUCACCCUCCUCAAGUCCAUAAAGAAGCCUGUUCCUGGAGCAGCACCAGAGCCAAGGAGGACUGAAAGUACAAAUGGGAGCACAGGAGCACAGAGACCCACACCGGAGACCAGCAACGAGGACAGGAAAAGGGAGGCGGCACUUAAAGGCAAUGAGGGUUUCAGCAUCCUCCAGGCAGCCAGGGGCAAACUGGGCAACGAUCAAUUCAAAUUGACCAAGCUAUCCAAGCCUCUUGCUACUGCUGCAAUUGAAGUAGGACCCAGCCGUGGAGCUAUAGUCCCAGACAGGGAGACAGGAGCUGCUUUUGCCGGACCCCCCACUGAUGGUCCUGAGUCUGGAGAACCUGUCAGACUGACUGGAGAACCAGCCAGAGUUGGGUCUAGGGUGGGGUCGUACUAUGAAGAAGAGGCUGAUCGAGAGGUGGCCCAGCUGAUGGGAGGGGGGGGGCUGUACCCCGUCGGCCCUCUGGAGGUGCACUGGGCUGGGACGACUCGCAUGAGCGGAGACCCCCAGGACUGGCUGCGAGCGGAUACCCUCCUGCCCCACCAGACAGUGGAGAAGCUGACCAAGUGGACGGUGUACGAGGAUGGGAACCAGGCCAGGACUGUACCGACCCACAACGGGAGAGGACCCUGGGAAUCUGAGGACCCUGCUCAGGACAUGCUGGAGAGUCGCCUCAACAACACAACGGUAGCGAUGCCAGGGUCUGACCAGGCUGUGGAGGUGGACGAGGUGGAGGAUCUAUCCCAGCUUGAGGAGGUGUGUGAGAGCUCUGUGCUGCUGAAUCUGAAGAAGAGGUUUCACCGUGACUCCAUCUACACGUACAUAGGUAACAUGCUGCUGUCACUUAACCCCUUCAAGCCCCUUAACCUCUACACAGAGGACCUCCGACAGCAGUACCAGGGCAAGGAGCAGAAACGCAACCCUCCCCAUGUCUAUGCCAUCGCCGAUGCAGCCUUCAGCCAAUCUCAGAGCUCACCACAAGAACAGUGCAUCGUCAUAAGUGGUCAGAGUGGAUCAGGUAAGACUGAGGCCACCAAGCUUAUAGUCCACUACCUCAGCUCCAUGUACCAAGGCAGGAACAACAACCUCAGACAGCCCAUGGAGGUGCUGCCGAUUCUAGAGAGUUUUGGUAAUGCCAAGACCAUCCUCAACAACAACUCCAGUCGCUUUGGCAAAUACCUUCACAUCCACAUUCUCCAGGGUGUGGUGGUGGGGACUUCGCUGUCAAAGUACCUUCUUGAGAAGUCACGCGUGGUCUUCCAGUCCGAUGAGGAGAGGAACUACCAUGUGUUCUAUGAGCUGCUGGCGGGGAUGAACGACUGGGAUAAACAGGAGCUCUAUCUGCAGGGAGCAGAGACAUACUACUACCUCAACCAAGGCGGGUCCUGUGAGCUGAAGGGGAAGCUGGACAAACAGGACUUCCUGUUGUUGGUCCAGUGCUUUGAGACGAUUGGUCUACAUGCCGACCAGAUCUCCACAGUCUGGGCCAUCCUCUCCUCCAUACUACAGCUGGGGAAUAUCUGCUUCAGUUCCUACGAGGUGUGUGUGAGAGAGUGGAGUGAGUCGUUUGAGGUGGCCCGUAUCUUCAGUGAGGCGGAGGCCAGGAGAGUAGGUUCUCUCUUGCAGGUGUCUUCAGAGGCCCUACAGACAGUCAUCACACACAAAGUCACGGAGACAACCUAUGACAGGAUCUACUGCCCCCUGUCUGUGGAAAGUGCCAUAGAAUCCAGAGAUGCCAUAGCCAAGGCCCUGUACUCUGUGUUGUUCGAUUGGCUGUUGGAGCAGAUCAAUGAUUGGCUGAGCCCUACAGAAAUGGACAGCACCGUGGGGAUAGUGGACAUCUACGGCUUUGAGGACCUGGGAGUGAACAGCUUUGAACAGCUGUGUAUUAACUUUGCCAACGAGCAGCUGCAGCACUUUGUCAACAAGGCCGUGGUGACCCAGGAACAGGAAGAGUACAGUACAGAGCAGAUCCAGUGGUACCCCGUCCCACUGCAGGACUUCCACUCCUGUCUAGACCUCAUCUCCUCCAGACCACAUGGUAUCCUCCGUAUACUGGAUGACCAGACCUGCCUACCCCAGGCCACCGACCACACCUUCCUCCAAAAGUGCCACUAUCACCAUGGGAACAGCCCAUACUACACUAAACCCAAGAUCCCUCUGCCUGUCUUCACUGUCUAUCACUACGCCGGAGCUGUCACGUACCAGGUCCAUAACUUUCUGAAUAAGAACCAUGAUCAGUUCCGUACAGAGGUGGUUGAGCUGUUUGCUCGGAGCUUAAGGGGAUUCAAUCAAUCACUCACUCACUCAAUUACCCAUUCAAUCAAUCAAUCGAUCUCUGUAUCUCAGAUGGUGUCAGGGCUGUUCCGUAAGGUGCAGGAUAAUUACCUGCAGCAGAGAGAGUUGGGCUGGAGGGGUAAAGGUCACAGGCAACAGCCCUCCACGGUGGCAGCACACUUCCAACAGUCCCUGACUGAGCUCACCACACGACUAGAGAGGUGUAAAACCACCUUUAUUCGGUGUUUCAAGCCAAAUUAUGUCAAGCUUCCCGGUAUCUUUGAUGUGGACUAUGUGUCAACCCAGCUGAGGCAUGCUGGGAUACUUGAGACCAUCACCAUCAGGAAGGAGGGAUUCCCCAUCCGCAUCCCCUUCUCCUUCUUUAUGGAGAGGUAUGGGAUCCUCCUGGUGGAGCGACCAGCCACCAUGUCUGAUAAGGAGCAGACCGUGGCGUUGCUGAACUUUGUAGGGGCUGAUGAGGGACAGUACCAGCUAGGACUCACUAAGGUGUUUCUGAAGGAGGUGCUGUACCAGUGUGUGGAGGACAAGUGGAACAGCACUCAGACCUGGGCUGCGGUUACCAUCCAGAGGAACAUCAGAGGGUUCAUUUGCAGACGUAACUUUAGGUUCUUCAAACAAAAGGCCAUUGUCAUCCAGAGCCACAUACGAGGACAUCAGGCCAGGCAGUAUUACAAGCGUCUGAGACUGUCCUUCACUCAGUUCUGGGCUGCAAUGAUGAUCACCAGGAACACAAUCAAGAGACGACAGUGGAGGGAACAAGAGAGGAACGAGAGGAGCACGGUGAAACCCACCACUGAGACUGAAGAUCACACCUCCACAGGAAUGGAUGUGGGAAUGUUGGAGAUCCCAGCUGACCUCUCGGCCAGACUACGCAGCGCAGCAGGGCGGCAGCAUGGCUCUGGGGUAACAGAGGUGGCGCCUCCACAGGUGAAAGCAGGACACACCCUCACCCUGCCCCUCGAUAUAGACAGCUACCCCUUCUCACGAUACGCCAACACUACGCUGAAGGAUGGCUGGUGUCAGCCGCAGGGCUACUCCCUCCAGCGACCUCUGACCUAUCUGGAGCCUGAAGACGCUUGCAUCGCUCUGGAGAUCUACAAACUGAUCCUGCGCUUUGCAGGGGACAGUGAUCUGAGUGACUGGCAGGAGCAGCUUUUGGGAAACUACAUCGUGGAGCAGGGCCUUACCAGACCCCCCCUGAGGGAUGAGAUCCUAGCCCAGAUAGCUUACACCACCUGGGGCAGGGAGUCAGAGGAGGGGUCCCUACGGGGCUGGUUGUUACUGGCCUGCUGCCUCAGUGCCUUCACCCCUUCCCCAGCCCUUGACAAAUCCUUGCUCAAGUAUGUGUCUGACAAGGGUCCAGGUGAAUAUCGUUCUCUGUGCCAGCACAAACUCCUCACCUCCCUCCACCUACCCUCCCCCACCUCCCGCCUCCACCCCCCCUCCCAGCUUGAGUGGACAGCCAAUCAGAGGAGAGGAAAGAUGGUGCUGGAUGUACACACCUUCAACGAGGAGAAGAUUACAGCUGAGGUAGAGUCCUGGACCACAGGAGAGCAGCUGGCCUCGUGGCUGCUCCACUUCAGAGGGUUACCUGAGGCUCCUCGAGGCUGGUCUGUGUCUCUGCUGGCUGAAGAGGGCUGGUCUGACCUGCCUGGAUGUGACUUUGUCAUGGACCUGUUGGCUGGAGCAGAGACUGAUACUACACUGGGGACCGCACACACACACACUGACUACCUGUUCAACAACGAGGGAAACCGGAUGAUGACAGAUCUAGAUGGGUUCAUCCCCCCGGCUCCCUCCAUGCAGGCCCCUGGUCUCCCCCAGCAGGAGGCCCCAUGGAACGGCGGAGACUACCAGCCGUCAGAGGGUUCUCGUGGUCGUCAGAUGGAUGCUUAUCUGGAUGACCUCUUUGACCCAGUGCUGGACCAGGGACCAGGGGACAGGGAGCGUAUGGCCAUGUUGAACAGGAGGAUGAGAGGAGGAGGAGGGAUGUAUGGAGCAGGUGUCCCAAUGACAAUGCCAGGGUAUUCUAUGGGAAUGCCGAUGAACCCGGCCAUGCAAGGCUACGGGGCUCAGAUGAUGCCAAGUAUGAUGCCAGCUGCCCCCAUGCCUAUGAUGCCAACCAUGAUGAUGCCCCAGCCAGCUGCACCAGCCGUGAACUCCCAGCAGAUGGCAGCGCAGCAGCAGGCUUUCAUCAACCAACAGGCCCUGCUCAUGGCCCAGCAGAUGACAAUGCAAGCCAUGACCAUGUCCCAGCAGCAGGCUCAGGAGCAGCAGCAGAGACAGCAGCAGCAGCAGAGACAGGAGCAGCAGCAGCAGAGACCGGAGAGGGAUGUGGACUUUGCCAGUCCAGACCAGCGUGAGUCUUUCAAGGUGAAGAGAGAGUUUUUCCAGAAGAUUGGUUCUCAGCCCAAGCCAGCAGCCAAACCGUUAAAGCCUCGCCCUGCUCCCAGCAGCCCCCCCAAACAGACCCGUCCCCGCUCCCCCUCUCCACCCCCAGCCCCCAGGACUUUGCAACCUCCCCCCUCUCCUCCUGCCAGAGAACCAUACCCCCCCAGCCCCCCUGCCUCCCCGCCCCCGCCCACCACCAGCAUCCGUGACAUCAUCAAACAAUACCAGAACCGCCCCGCCAGUGACCCCAGACCCUUCGAGCCCGUCAGGGUUCCAGCCCGGUCGUUUGUGAAGAAGAAUGAUCCUAAAGAGGAGGCCUUGGCGAUCCUCAUGAAUAAAGGACCUGUACAACAGCAGAGAAAGUGGGCCCCUCCUCCCCCGAUCCAGAGGGAGCCCCCCCGUCAGAGACAGCCUCCCCCAGCGUGGCAAUCCUCUCCUCCCUCCACCAGAGGGCCUCGCUCAAUCUCCAACAGCAUGAAGCAGAAACAGCGCUCCCUGGCCGACCUCUUUGGCACGCAGGGUCGUUCCAUGAACCUUCCGCCUGCUCCACCCAGGUCCACCCCUCCUUAUCCCCCAGCCAUCUUUGAAAGCUUGCCAGACCCUCCCGCCAAGGCUGCCCCCACACUCAAUCUGUCUGGGGAGGAGAGUGUUCGCUCCCAGCUCCACAGGUUCUCUGCCAGCGUCUACUUCUCCAACUCUGCCAUGCCUGGCAAACUGUUCCUACGCAAGGAGGUGUUUUACCCCAGAGAGAGGUUCAACCACCCCUACACCCUCAACCUCCUUUGUGAGCAGAUCAUGAGAGACACGUACUCUGACACCUGUGUGAGGAUCACCAGAGAGGAUAGGAGAAAAAUGAAAGACCUACUAGCCAGUUUCCACGUGGGCACCAGUAUCAGCUCGCUUCAGGACGACACUAUGAAGACGAGGAUAGUGAUGGCUGCCAGAGACAACUGGGAAAACUACUUCACACGACUGUUCCCUGUCAAAGGUGGUACCAGCGGGGACACCCAGCUGUUGGGCGUGUCUCAUCGUGGGAUUCGACUGAUGAAGGUGGCCAGAGCAUCAGGCAUAAACCCCAAACAUCUGCGCCUGCUACGGAGCUACAGCUAUGCAGAGCUGCUGUCGGUGGAACUGCGGUCUGCAGACAUCGUGGAAUUGAGUCUAAAGGGAGAACAGCUACAGCUGCAGAGCAACAGGGCUCCACAGAUCACUGCCAUGGUCAGCCUGUUCCACCAAGAACUCCUCAAUGGCUCAGAUCAUGUGAUUGCCCUGAAGAGCUUUGUGACCGACGACAAGAGCCUGCUCAGCUUCCGCAAGGGUGACAUCAUCAAACUGCUGCCCAUUGACGGCCUCCAGCCAGAUUGGUGUUUCGGUUCCAUCGGGGGGCACUCCGGCCUCUUCCCCAUCGACGUCACUCAGCCGUCUGCCCCUCCUGACUACCACCACGUCCACCUUGACCGCCUCGACGAGAGGAGGAAGAGCAUGAGAGCCCCCAAGCCGCCCGCUGCCACCAGACCCCCAGCUCCCAGGUCCACUCCCCACACUGGCUCAGCACAGCCCAGCCGAGAGAGCUCCAUGCUGGGGUCAGCUCGUUCCGUCCAAGUAUCGGUCCAGGGCAGUGAGAUGAGUGAGGUCCAGACGUUCGUGAUGACAGAGUUUGCCAUGAAAUACUUCAGAGACACUGCCACCAGAAUGGAGGGUAAAGGUCUGCUUAAUGGAGGUAGAAACUUCUCAGAGAUGCUUCAGUACACCGAGGUUCCUAUUCAGGAAUCCCUCAUCCUGUACAAUGAUCCUGGGCUCAAUGGCCUGGCUGUCCAGGCCUUCCUGAGUGUGAUGCAGUUCAUGGGAGACCAGCCUCUUGGGAGGCACACGUCUGAGGGAGACUGUGUCAGCUAUAUCUUGAUGUUAGGGAAGGAGAAGGAGUUUCUGAGAGAUGAGGUUUACUGCCAGGUGAUCAAACAGACCACAAACAACACACACAAAGAGAGAUGUACCCGAGGUUGGCGUCUGUUGAACCUGGUAGCAGGGUUCUUCCCCUGCUCUGGCACCCUGAACCCCUACAUCACAUGUCAUCUACAAAACAUCAGCCAAGACCCCACACACCUCUACCAAGAGCUGUCUCAAAACUGUAUGGAGAACCUGUUCCGGACUCUGAUCCACGGAGGUCGCAGACACGUCCCCUCUCACGCGGAGAUGGAAGCCAUACUGGCUGGCAGACAAUCUCGUCGGUUCCCCAUCAAGCUGCCAGGUGGAGUGGAGUUCAUCUGUAAGAUACGCAGCUUCAGCGUGGCUCUGGAGGUGGUGGAAGAUCUGUGUACAGAUAUGGGCAUCCAGGACCCGUCAGAAGUCAAGGAGUUUUCUAUCCAUGCCAGCCGGGACAAGGAUGGGAUGGUGCGGCCUCUCCACUCAGAUGAGUACCUGUUUGACUUCCUAUUGGACGACGGCUCCAUCUUCCUGUCCUUCCACCGCGUCAUAUGGACACACCCACUUCACUUUGACAACGACCUCUACCUGGAGUUCCACUUCCAACAGGUCCUGGGUAACUACCUGGAUGGCGAACUGCUGCUGCCAGGCAGUGGUGCCGCUGUCGUCCAGCAGACGGCAGAGCUGGCUGUCCUGCAGCACCUGGCACAGGGCCUCACUCAAGAGCCUUCCGUGCUUGAACUGAAGGGGUACCUCCCCCAACAGGAAGGGGGCAGCACCAACCUGGAGCAGAUCCACACUAUCUCCCUCAGAGAGAUAACCGCCAUGCGCUCCCUCAGCCCCCGUGACGCCAAGGCACGCUUCCUCGAAUGCCUGAGCUCCCUGCCUCUGUUCGGUUCUAAUAUCUUCCUAGCUCAGAAGGUCAGCCAUCGCAGCUGCCCCUCGCCCUGCCUGGUGGCUGUCAACCAAGAAGGAGUGCUGUUCUGCCAUCCCAAUACGCAGGAGCGGGCAUUAAUGAUCCCACUGGUGGAGGUGCAGUCACUGCGCUCAGUUAAACCCAAGAAAGACAAGAAGGUGCCUGGAGUGGAGAUGAACUACGGCAACCCAGGACUCCUAAAAACCAUCACCAUCCACCUCAAACAGGCCAAGAAGCUGUGCCACAUCAUUGCUGUCAUCAUGGAGGAGCUGGUGAGACCACCCAUCAAUAGCUCUGUCUCCAGCCGCAACCCCUAGACACACACACACACACACACACACACACACACACACAUCUGCAGUUGGAUAGGAAAUGAGUUCUACAACUGUCAAUCAUUGAUUCAUAUAAGCAAUGAAAGCGAAUCACUUUCCACAUCUACCAUUCCUUCUCCUGUGUCAGUGAUACUCCAGUUGGUGAUUGAUUGAUGAAAAUGGUUGAGAAAUGAAUUCUAUCCACUGCAGGUUUCAUUUUCUCAAUUUCCCAACAAACACGCACUCAGAGAGGGAGCCUAUUGAUAAGCGGACCUGCACUGACAAAUAUCAAAACAAAUCAAUGCCUUCAGAUUUUUAUCUAAAACAUUUCAUUAUUAAAAAAAACAUCACAGCCUUUGAAUACCAAUGAAUGUCCAAAUUUGAAUAUUGCUUAGUACGUGUUAGGUUUCCGUGCAAUAUAUCUUUAUAUUACCAAUUUAUCAAUAUGUUUCUUUGUAGUAAAUAUUUUUGUAAUUUAAAUAAAAUUAUUUUGUAGAUGGA